GUGAUUGAGAAUAGUGAGUUUUUUUUUACGAUCGAGAGAAAGAAACGUAAUCAUUCCACAGUUUCUACGUAAGAAAGAAAAAAAUUGACAUAUGUUAUUCAAAUAUCCAAAUCCAACUAAUUGAAUUUUUUUUUUGUUUCUAUUCCAAAUGCGACUUUAAUCUUUAAAUUACUAGCUUUAUAUAAACUAACAAUGUUAAUCCCUACGUCAAUAUGAUAAAGGUUAUCUAUAGUAAAUAUUUAAUCAUAAUUUCAUCAUUUACGUAUAAUACAUUUUUUAAAUAAAUACCACCGUUCAAAUUUCAAAAAGAUUCAAAAGAUUCAAUUACUCUCUCUGUUUUAAUUCAUUUAUUAAAGAAAUUCAAAAGUAAUUCUUCAUUAUUAAAAAAAUUUGAAAAAUAUGGCAUCAGGACCUGUAGGAAGAGUUACGAGAUCUCGCUCAUUAUGGAGAUUCGUUUCAGUUGAUCCAGAAAUUUAUCCUUUAAUGGGAGUUUUAGCCGCAACUUUUGGUUUUUCUGGAUACAUGUUGGGACAUAAAGCUACGAUCCGUAAUCCAGAAGAUAGCGUAAAAUUAGCUAAGGAUCAAACAUUUCCUUGGCUCGCUAAUAAAAAUGAACAAGGUGGUGAUUACAAAUAUAAAUAUCAUAAAUCGGGCGAUCCUGAUAAAGAAGUCAUUAAAGCUCCAGCUGCCGACAUUGCGCAUACUGCUCUAGUCGAUUUGCCAAAAGAAGCUGCUCAAAAAGUUGGUGAAAAGUUUGGUGGAUCAAAAUCAUGAACAUGUACUUUACUAUAUACAUAUUUUUAUGUAAGAAAAUUUUAAUGUAAGAAAAAAUUUAGUUGUCACACUUUGUAGUAUUAAGAACUAUUUAGCCUACAUAUCACAAAAGAAUUAAUUUUAUGAAACUAUAUUAAUUUUUGAUGAUUCACAACGUGAUCAAUUCUGCAUUAAUAAAAUACCGCAAGAACAUUUCUU